GAGCUGCUGAGGGGGUCAUGGGAGUUAGAUCUAUCAGUCUACAUGUGUUUUGUGGAUCUGGAGAAGGUCUAUGACUGUGUCCCCUGAGGACCUCUGUGGGGAUACUGAGGGAGUAUGGGGUACCAGGCUCUCUGAUAGGAGACAUUCAGUCCCUGUACAACCAAAGUGAGAGCUGUGUCCAUAUACUCAGGACAAAGUCAGACUUGUUUCCAGUGGGUGUUGGACUCCUCCAGGGCUGUCCCUUGUCUCUGAUCCUCUUUGUGGUCUUCAUGGAUCUCAAGGAUCAGCCGGGGUGAGGAGGGUGUCUGGUUUGGGGACCUCAGGAUCUCUGCUUUUAGCAGAUGAUGUGGUUCUGUUGGUUCCUCAGAUCUUCAGCAGCACUGGAGCGGUUUGCAGCUGAGUGUGAAGCAGUGGGGAUGUGGAUCAGAACCUCCAAGUCUGAGGCCAUGGUUCUCUGAUGGAAACCGGUGGUUUGGUCCCACUGGGUUGGGGGGAGUUUCUUCUCCAAGUGAAGGAGUUCAAGUAUCUCAGGAUCUUGUUCACCAGUGAUGAGAAAAUGGAGCUAGAGAUGGACAGGAGGAUUGGUGCAGCAUCAGCAGUAUUGAAGGCGUUGGACUGAACUAUCAAGGAGAAGAUCUCAGUUUACCAUCCACCUACGUUCCAACCCUCACCUAUGGUCAUGAGCUCUGGGUGGAGACCCAAAGGAUGAGAUCAUGGAUACAAGCGUCUGAAAUGAGCUUCCUCUGUAGGGUGUCUGGGCUCAGCCUUAGAGAUAGGAGGAGAAGCUGUCGCCUCCUUACAUCAGAGACUUUCUGAGCCUGGAGGAGACCCUGAGGUCGACGCAGAACCUGCUGGAGGAUUAUCAGGACUGAAGGACCUGAAACGACCCGCUGCCUCCUGAUCCCACAUCAGUAGAAGGAAAUAGUAAACACUAAAUAUAAGGUGUCUGUUUAUAAAAACACAUAUAAUAAAAAGAAUGAGAAGAUAGUAAAGAAUAAUGACAUUUAGAAACCAAAAACUUCUGUUAGCAUCAACACUGUUCAAGUUUGAAAUUAAGUAAAAUACUUAGAAGUGCUAAACAUGAAGAAAAACUGUUACAAAGGUUACUAUAAAAACAGUAAACUGACAAAAAAUAAAUUUAAGGUUGAACAUAUUUUAACUUUAGAUAAAAAAAACAUGUAAUAAACGUGGAAUAAUGUGAAAAAUACCAGGAUUAAAUUAGAAAUAUGGAAAAAGAAAAACUUAAAGAUUCUGUCCAAAAUUAAAACCCCUAAAACUACAAAAGACUUGAAGGGUCAAGAAAUGGAAAAGUAGUUUGUAAUUUUAGACAAUACUGUUACAAGUAAUCUGAUUACUGUUGGUCCCAGUGAUUACAAGUAAUCUGAUUACUGUGGGUCCCAGUGACUGCAGUAAUCAGAUUACUGUGGGUCCCAGUGACUGCAGUAAUCAGAUUACUGUGGGUCCCAGUGACUGCAGUAAUCUGAUUACUGUGUCGACGUGUUUCCUGACACAAACCCGGUGUGACCUGGUUGGAGGUCGGCCAAUCCCAUCAUGCACCUGAACUCUCCGUUAAUCUGUGAUUAAUGAGGUCCUUGGAGUUUCAGGGAGUCCUCAGACAUCUGCUGCCUUACAUCAGCUCAGGACACCAAGAGCUAAAGGUUCUCCUCCAGGAGCUAAAGAUUCUCCUCCAAGCCUGGAGAACGAUGACAGAAUGGUCCAAGAGGAAUGGGUUCCGUCGGAGGAACUAAAGCAAAAAAUGCUAAGAGGAACGCUGAAGAUGGAACAAAGAGGAAACUCAGGAGAAGCUGAAGUCUUCAUCUGGAACCAGAAGGUCAGUGGAUCAACCAAACCGUUCAUCUGAGUUCUUUAAAGGUUUUAUUUCUACCUGCUCUGGUUUGGUGACCAGACGUUAAAUCAGAUCCACCAUCUGUUCCAUCAGCCCCGUUCAGCUCAGAACUCAUCUAGACUCAUCACGUUUCAACAUUUUCUGCUAAUUCUAAUUCUAAUUAUCAGGUUGUUGAGCUGCAGGUUCCACAUGAGCACAGCCAGGCGGAAACUGAACUUUAAGGUAGAUAAAAUCGCCUGGGUUCAGGUAAAUCCCAGAGAAACCUGUUUAAAUUUACUUCUAACUGCUCAGAAUUCAGUGAAGCUACCUGGCCCAGCAGGAGCCAGAAAAGAUGGAGGCUAAAAGGCUAGUUCAUGGAGGCUAACAGGCUAGUUCAUGGAGGCUAACGGGCUAGUUCAUGGAGGCUAACGGGCUAGUUCACGGAGGCUAACGGGCUAGUUCAUGGAGGCUAACGGGCUAGUUCACGGAGGCUAACGGGCUAGUUCACGGAGGCUAACAGGCUAGUUCACGGAGGCUAACAGGCUAGUUCACGGAGGCUAACAGGCUAGUUCACGGAGGCUAACAGGCUAGUUCACGGAGGCUAACAGGCUAGUUCACGGAGGCUAACAGGCUAGUUCAUGGAGGCUAACAGGCUAGUUCAUGGAGGCUAACAGGCAAUUAAAUGGAGUCUAACAGGCUAGUAAAUGGAGUCUAACAGGCUAGUUCAUGGAGGCUAACAGGCUAGUUCAUGGAGGCUAACAGGCUAGUUCAUGGAGACUAACAGGCAAUUAAAUGGAGUCUAACAGGCUAGUAAAUGGAGUCUAACAGGCUAGUUCAUGGAGUCUAACAGGCUAGUUCAUGGAGUCUAACAGGCUAGUUCAUGGAGUCUAACAGGCUAGUUCAUGGAGUCUAACAGGCUAGUUCAUGGAGGCUAACAGGCUAAUUCAUGGAGGCUAACAGGCUAAUUCAUGGAGGCUAACAGGCUAGUUCAUGGAGUCUAACAGGCUAGUUCAUGGAGGCUAACAGGCUAGUUCAUGGAGUCUAACAGGCUAGUAAAUUGAGUCUAACAGGCUAGUUCAUGGAGGCUAACAGGCUAGUUCAUGGAGGCCAACAGGCUUGUUGACAGAGGCUAAAAUGCUAGUUAACAGAGGCUAACAGGAUAGUUAACGGAAGCUAACGGGCUAGUUGAUGGAGUUUAACAGUCUAGUUGAUGGAGGCUAACAAACUAGUUAAUGGGAACGAACAGGCUAGUUAAUGAGAUUAACGGGCUAGUUAAAGGAGGCUAACAGUCUAGCUAACGGAGGCUAACAGGCAGAUACAUCCAGCACAGUGAAAUUUCCUUCUAGAGUACAUGAAGUCUGUAGAGGUGGUUUAAAUGUAAAUGGUAAACAUCUCUAACAUUAAUUUUUCCCUCUACUGAAAACCUGUGGGUUCUUAGAAGAACGUCGGACAUACUGAUGCCAAAAUAGGAGAAAUUCACCUUUAGUUUCAGUUUUAGUUUUUUUAGGAGCAACUAACUGCAGGUGUUGAGGGAACAUCUGGAUCUUCUAAAGGUUUCAGUGAUUCAUGAUGAUAUAAAGCCGAUGCUGUGACUUUGCAGGGAGGUGGAAUCACCUGGUAACCAUGGACGACGGCUGCAUGCUGGAGAACGGCGACUGCAAGGUGGCGCCGCACGGCCCUGAUGUCACCUUCAGCACCUUAAGCCCCGCCUCCGGCCUCCAGCGCAAACGGCUGCUGUGGCAGAACGCCGUCAGAAACAUCAUCGACCAGCACAACCUGUACACCCUGAGGCUUGCCGGGGGCCUGGACCGAGGACGGCACUGCAUCACUGUGACCGACGCCUACAUCGCUGAAAUCAACAGGCAGAUUCGUAACAAAGCGUCUCGUGGAGCCUUCUGGCAGAAACGUCGAUCGUCUGCAGCUCGAGUUCAUCCGACGACACCAAAGAUCUCCACGGCGACGCACAACAGACAUGACCCACUGAGCGACACCGACUUCUUCGUUUCCUGUGGAUCGACUGUCCGAGGCGUCUUCAUUCCCACCAUGCAACACACAUUCAAGUCCUCGGACCUGGAGCAGCUCUACCAGCAGUUCUCUUCGGCUCAGAGGAGAACCUCGCUGGUGGUCACCAACACCAUUGACCUGUUGAUCCGGCUGCUGGUGUCGCUGCUGACGUGGCCGCCGGGCUGGGGGGGCGUGGCCUGCGAUUGGCUGGCCGGCCUGUCGGCGCUGCUGUGGGCGGGAACCUGCGUUCUGUCGCUGACCCGGAGGGAAGUGACAUCAUCACCGCGGUGGCUACGUUUCCUUGCGCUGAUCAGCUGGGUGUCGCAGGCCGCCCAGGUGCUGGUGGGCGUGUUCACCUGGGCGGACAGUGACCACUCCUGGUACGUCUUCUUCUCGCUGUUCUCCACCUACACGCUGCUGCCGCUGCCCCUCCUCUGGGCCAUCGUCGCCGGGGCAACCACCUCCACCCUGCACCUGUUGCUGGACGUCUGCUGUCACUACGGCGACCACACCUUCAUCCAGAAAGUGUUGUCCAAGGCCUUGCUGUACCUGGCCAUGAACACCGCAGGUCUGUUCAUCCACUACCUGUCUGACCGCACCCAGAGACAGGCCUUCCUGGAGACCCGGCGCUGCAUCGAGGGGCGAGUCCGACUGGAGAGGGAGAACCACCGACAGGAGCGCCUGGUGAUGUCCAUCCUUCCUCGCUUCCUGGUUCUGGAGAUGAUCGCUGACAUGGCCAUCAUGGAUGACUACCUGCUGCCACAGCAGAUCCAGAAGAUCUACAUCCACCACUACAAGGACGUCAGCAUCCUGUUUGCAGACAUCAUCGGCUUCACGUCGCUCUCGCUGAUUCUGUCAGCACAGGAACUCGUUAAGACUCUGAACGAACUCUUCGGUCGCUUUGACAGGCUGGCUGAGGAACAUCAGUGUUUGCGCAUUAAGAUCCUGGGUGACUGUUAUUAUUGUGUGUCAGGAGUCCCAGAGCCCCAGAGAGGACACGCUCGCUGCUGUGUGGAGAUGGGCCUCAGCAUGAUCAACACCAUACGGUACGUUCGUCGGGAGCUGCAGCAGGAAGUGGACAUGCGGAUCGGUGUCCACUCGGGUUCGGUCCUUUGUGGUGUUUUGGGUGUUCAGAAGUGGCAGUUUGACAUCUGGAGUUGGGAUGUGGACGUAGCCAACAGUCUGGAGGCUGCAGGAGUUCCUGGGCAGAUUCACGUCUCGCAGGCGACUCUGGACUGUCUGGGUGGGAUUUACGAGGCGGAGGCGGGGCAUGGCCAGGAGAGAAAUGAGUUCCUACGGAAACACAACAUCGACACCUUCCUGAUCCGCCCGGCGCCACGUGAGGAGGCAGAGCCUCCAAAAACGAGACGUCUGAGCUACGAGGAGAUGACAACGUGGAGCGCUGAGCUGCCGUUUGGAGACAUUCUGGGGAUGAACUUUAUUCUCGCCACCUUCACCAACGGCUCCCUGACCCAGCUGCCCAAUCAGGUCGCAGCUCAGCGGUCUGGGUCACGGGAGGUCAACAAACGGAUUCGUCAGGCCAUGGAGGUCCGGAGCAGCGAACGAAUGAGGAAGGAGCACAUCACCACCUUCACUCAGGUGUUCAAGGACUCUCACAUGGAGGGAAAGUACUCCCAGAUGAGAGAUGAACUCUUCAAGUCCAACAUGGUCUGUUCCUUCAUCCUGCUGAUGCUGCUGAUGGCUGUACAGGUGCUCAUCCCCUCCCCCAGAUAUCUUCCAAUGGCGGCUCAGUUCGUGGUCAGCGGCGGCGUCUACUUCCUGCUGCUGCUGCUGACGCGGGAGGAGUUUAAGCAUUGCCCCGCCCCCCUGCAGUCGCUCUGCUGCUGGAUUCAUGAAACUAAAAACGCACGAACGCUGCUGACGCUCACCGCUGUCACCAUCAACUUCAGCGUCGCCUCGGCCGACAUCCUGUGGUGUGAUUCAUCAGAGUCGUCCAUUAACAGCAGUGACUACCUGUUGUCUCCGCCCACCUCCACCUGGCCUGACAUCAACAUAUGCACCCAUCCAGAGUACAUGUUGCUGAGCGGUGUGGUUGCCAUGGUGACAUGCGCCGUGUUCCUGCGGCUGAGUUGCGUGUUGCAGCUGGCCGUCCUGCUGCUGGCCGCCGCCCACUACACCUACGUCAUCGAGACGCACAGGUCCCACCAGCUGUGCAGGAAAGGAGUCUGUGUGGUUCUCAUGGUGAUGUUUGUGGUGGCCGUCCUCUACAACGGAUGGAAGCUGGAGGGAACUGCCCGCUUGGACUUUCUGUGGCGUCUCCAGGCGAGGAAGGAAGUGGAGGACAUGAAGGAGCAGCGAGAACACAACGAGUGUCUGCUGCUCAACAUCCUGCCGGCUCACGUCGCAAAACACUUCCUGGAGAGAGACCGCAACAACGAGGAGUUGUAUUCCCAGACCUAUGAGCGGGUCGGAGUUCUCUUUGCGUCUCUUCCUGGGUUCUCUGAGUUUUACGAGCAGAAAGAACUCGUCCAUCAACACGUGGAAUGUCUGCGCCUCCUCAACCUGAUCAUCACCAACUUUGAUGAGCUGCUGGACGAGUGUUUCUUCCAGGAGGUGGAGAAGAUUAAAACCAUCGGCAGCUCCUACAUGGCAGCUUCUGGUCUGUCACCUGACCCACAGGAGUGUGAGGACAGCUGGCAUCACCUCAGUGAGUUGGUUCUGUUCGCUCUGGCCAUGAUGGAAACGCUGAAACACAUCAACACACACACAGGAAGUGACUUCCAGCUGAGAGUGGGUAUCGCCCAUGGGGCCGUCAUUGCAGGUGUGAUUGGAGCCACUAAACCUCAGUACGACAUCUGGGGAACCACAGUCAACAUGGCCUCUAGGAUGGAGAGUACCGGGGUCAGCGGCAAGAUACAGGUUCCAGAGUCCACCAGCUGCAUUCUGGUAGAACGAGGUUUUCUGCGACAGUUCAGAGGGAAGAUUUACAUCAAAGGCAUCAGCGAACGUCACGGAGAGGUACACACGUUCUUCGUGUCCAGUCAGGAGGAACGUUCCAGCUUCGUGGAGCGUGGUGGUGGCCGGGGCUUCAGCCUCAACAGGAACACUCUGGGAGCCGUGGUCUACAGCCUGGUCCAGGCCAGGAAGAGGGAGAAGCUGAGGGAGGAGAACGGAGGGUUCCACCUGGUGGAGGCCCAGUAGAAUGGAGGGUUCCACCUGGUGGAGGCCCAGUAGAACACAUGGUCUGGAUAAGGACGUUGCCAUAGAGACGGAACUCAGUCGUUCUACUAGUGAAACAACCACAGAACAGGUUCUGUAUAUGAUGGAACCAGAACAUGAAGAAGUUCUCCAAGGAACCCAGAAUAUUUAAACAUUUUGUUAAUCAGUUUUCAGGCAUUCGAAGCUCAGAUUUGGUGAAUGUUCCCGAAGGAACCAAACAUCUUAGAUGAAACAUUGAAGGACCGUUGGAAACAUGAAGAUGUGAUCAGGAGAGCCUGUGGUUCUGGAGUUUUUAAAGAUCGUCUUCUGAUGUCUCCUGGUGGAACCUGGUUGUGACUCAUUUUGUUCUUUUGGAGCUCCCAUGAUGCUUUGCAGGAUCCAGUCUUUAGAUGAGCAGAAACUGAAGGACAGAUUCUCUCUGGAGACCUGAACAUUUGUUCUGCUGGACCUGAUGGUUCCUCUGACCGAGUCGUGACUCUUGAGGACUAAACAGAUUCGAGGCGUAAAAGUGAAGAAGUUCUGCUUUUAAUUUGAAGCUCAAACCGAGGAAACGACAUUUUCAGAGACGCUGCAGAAGGUUCUGAUGGACUCACUGGAUUUCUGGAUUCAGAUGUUUUUCUCAUGAGGAUCGUCUGGACGAAUGAAGAGACAAAAAGAACUUCAAGCUGAAGAAAACGUGUUUAAGAGGAUUUGACUUUUUCAACCAUCAGGUCAUCUGAAGCUGGAACAACAAACUGUGACCAGUAGGUGGAGCUGUUUCUGGAAUAGAACUCCUGGUAAACUGGACCAGCAGACAUUUUUAGAUCGGUAAUUUUUAAACUUUAUUUGAUUUAAAAUCUGUUUUCUACUGACUGAAUUCUGGAACCAUAAACGUAGAAAAAUCAGCCUUCAGAAGGAGAAACUCAAUAAAAACCAGGAAAGAGA